AUGGUGAACGCGAAGAAACUGGAGAAGGCGGAAGCCAGGCUGAAAGCCAAGCAGGACAAGAGGAUGGAGCGGGAUUCCCUGAAGUCAUCUGGUCCUCUGGUCCUCGAGGAGGCAUCUGCCAGCCAAGCUGCCAGCAAGAAGGAGACUCGCAUGGAGUCAUCGGGCAAGAACAAGUCAUAUGACGUGCGCAUCGAGAACUUUGAUGUGUCCUUCGGCGAGCGCGUCCUACUGGCGGGAGCAGACCUGAACCUGGCGUUUGGACGGCGCUACGGGCUGGUGGGCAGGAACGGGUUGGGGAAGACCACGCUGCUGAAGAUGAUCGCCAGCCGGAGCCUGCGCAUCCCCUCGCACAUCAGCAUCCUCCACGUGGAGCAGGAGGUGGCGGGGGAUGAGACGCCAGCACUGCAGAGUGUGCUGGAGUGUGACACCACUCGUGAGAGUCUGCUGCGGGAGGAGAGGGAUCUGACGGCUAAGAUUAAUGCCGGCAGGGGAGAAGGGACAGAAGGUGCCAGGCUGUCGGAGGUCUACGCGAAGCUGGAGGAGAUUGAGGCAGACAAGGCCCCAGCGAGGGCGUCCGUCAUUCUCGCUGGGCUUGGCUUUAAUGCGAAGAUGCAACAACAGGCAACCAAAGAGUUUUCCGGAGGCUGGAGGAUGAGGCUGGCCUUAGCCAGAGCCCUGUUUGCCAGGCCAGAUCUCCUUCUGCUGGAUGAGCCAACGAACAUGCUGGACGUGAGGGCCAUUUUGUGGCUCGAGACCUACCUGCAGACCUGGCAGUCGACCAUCCUUGUGGUGUCCCACGACAGGAACUUCCUGAACGCGGUGGCCACGGACAUCAUUCACCUGCACUCGCAGAGGCUGGACACAUACCGUGGUGACUUUGAAAACUUCAUGAAGAUCAAGGAGGAGCGGCUGAAGAACCAGCAGCGAGAGUACGAAGCCCAGCAGCAGUACCGUGAGCACAUCCAGGUUUUCAUUGACCGCUUUCGCUACAAUGCCAACCGAGCAUCCCAAGUGCAGAGCAAGCUCAAGCUGUUGGAGAAGCUGCCAGAACUGAAACCUGUGGACAAGGAGUCUGAGGUGAUCAUGAAGUUCCCCGAUGGCUUUGAGAAGUUCUCCCCUCCAAUCCUGCAGCUAGAUGAAGUAGACUUCUAUUACAGCCCGAAUCACUACAUCUUUCGUUCCCUCUCCGUCUCUGCUGACCUGGAGUCCCGCAUCUGUGUGGUUGGGGAGAACGGAGCUGGCAAGUCGACCAUGCUAAAGAUCUUAAUGGGGGAGCUGGCACCAGUCAGAGGGAUCAGACAUGCUCACAGAAACCUAAAGAUUGGUUAUUUCAGCCAGCACCAUGUGGAUCAACUGGACUUGAACAUCAGUGCUGUAGCGUUGCUGGCAAGAAGGUUCCCAGGGAAGACGGAGGAAGAGUACCGGCAUCAGCUGGGGAGCUACGGCGUCUCGGGGGAGCUGGCUGUGCGUCCCGUGGCCAGCCUGUCUGGAGGUCAGAAGAGUCGCGUGGCCUUUGCCCAGAUGACUAUGUCCUGUCCAAACUUCUACAUCCUGGAUGAGCCGACAAAUCACCUGGACAUGGAGACCAUCGAGGCGCUGGCAAAGGCGCUGAAUAAGUUCCGGGGUGGUGUAAUUCUGGUGUCCCACGACGAGCGCUUUAUCCGCCUGGUGUGCCAGGAGCUGUGGGUGUGCGAGAACGCCACUGUGACCCGCAUCGAGGGUGGCUUUGACCAGUACAGAGACAUCCUGCAGGAGCAGUUCCGGAAGGAGGGUUUCCUAUAA